GCCACCGCUCUGCAGACAGCGUUAUAUCUCCCCUUAUAUGGUCCCCAUUACUAUUGUUCCUCCUUCACAGUGAGCUCGCAGGCAGACACAGCUGACUUUCACCCGAGCUGGCCGCUGUCCUUGCAGUACGAGGAUAAACAGGAGAUCUUGCAAUGAUCUGGACUGAGCUGGACUUCAAUUUCAACAUUUUAACUAGGGACCUCUCACAUUAUCUGGAAAAUCAAGUGAAAGUUGGGCUUUUUGGAUCGGGGUUAGGACUGUCUCUGGUUCUGGGCUUUAGCGCAGCGUACACCUGCUAUUAUUUGCUUUCAGUAGCAAAGAAGCCACAGCUCAUCUCCGGGGGUAAAAAGUUCUACCACUUUCUGAGGGAGCAAUGUCCGGUAGUGUCAGAGACCUACUACCCCACCUUUUGGUGCUGGGAAAGCCGCAUCCAGACUUUACUGAGACCGUUUGUCACAGCCAAACCAGGGGUUGUCUACAGAAAUGAGCUUAUUAAGGCACCAGAUGGAGGACAGAUCUCUUUGGAUUGGUUUGACAAUGAUGACAGCCUCUCUCAUCCCGACCCUGCCACCAGGCCCACAGUCCUCCUUCUCCCCGGGCUGACCGGCACAAGCCGAGAGUCCUACAUCCUGCACAUGGUCCAGCAGAGCCGGGAUCUGGGCUAUAGAUGCGUGGUAUUCAACAACAGAGGGGUUUCCGGUGAAACACUGCUGACGCCGAGGACAUACUGUGCAGCCAACACAGAGGAUCUGGAGACUGUUAUUGAACACAUACAGAGGACGAAUGAAGCUGCUCAAAUCAUGGCUGCUGGAGUAUCUAUGGGCGGGAUGAUGCUGGCCAACUAUUUGGGGCGCAAGGGCCAUAAGACCUGUCUGAAAGGGGUGGUGGUCUUCUCAGCAGGCUGGGAUGUGUUUGAGUGCACUGCUUCACUGGAAAAACCCCUGGACCGCUUCCUCUUCAACUCUUACCUCACCAGCUGCCUACAAGCCUCUGUGGACAGACACAGACCAGUGCUUGAAAAGUGUUACGACAUCGAUCAUGUCAUGAAGGCAAAGACCAUCAGAGAGUUUGACGAGAGGUUCACCUCCAUUAUGUUUGGUUAUUCCACCAAUGAUGACUACUACCUUGAUGCCAGUCCCGUCCACAGGCUGAAAUCUGUGAAGGUGCCAAUGCUGUGUCUGAAUGCUGCUGAUGAUGUCUUUUCACCGUCGCAUGCCAUUCCAGUGGAGGCCGUGAAGCAGAAUCCUAACCUGGCCCUGCUCAUUACCUGUCACGGCGGCCAUAUUGGUUUCCUUGAGGGCCUGUGGCCUCGACGGAGCACUUACAUGGACCGAGUCUUCAAGCAGUUUGCCAAGGCGGUCAUUGAACAAGGCACCGGACUCCAAGACCUCUCCUGUUCAGAGAACUGAACAAAGUGUUCCUUUAGUUGUACUUCCUCUCUCCUUCCUUCCUUUCUUUACAUUUUCAAAGUGUUUGCCAUCCAUCUUUACUUGCUGCAUUCCAUUCUUUAUAACUUCCAUUUUUAUUCCAUUCUUGUUUUAUUUUUCUAAAAUAACCUCCAUCCUUUAUUUUCUCUCUAUCCAGCCCUAUUCUACUUAUUUCCUUCCUUAUACGGACUUUAUCUUUGCCCUUCAUCACUCCAUCCUAUUCUUCCUCCUGCCACAAGCAAAAAAACGUUUGUUCUUAUUUGAAAGGCACAUCUAAUUGGAUACAGCAUCUGUGUUGCAUUCAACAUUAAUUUAUUUAUUCCGCACAGUUACAAGUAAUUGUAUGUAACGUUCUAGUGGUAUACUUGUAAAAAAAACAAGCAAAGCUGUUCGUCACUUUAGAAAAGCUAAAUCUUUGUCCAUCUCAUUUAGCUAGCUAACAAAUUAAAUGCGUUUACCUUGUGCAAUCAAUUUAUUUGAAAUAUACAUGAAAAUUCAAUCAUCUUUAUUCAUGAACCUUUAGUAAUUGUGUCAGUAGGAUUUUAGCCCUCAGGGAUUUUAUUUAUUUACUCAUACUUCCUGGGUCAAUUUGUUUUGUCAAUCAUUCUCCUUUAAUUUGUAUUUCCAUUUAUAUUAUUUCUUAAUUAAUAGUUUAAUAUCUUUGUAAAUGUGCUUAUUUUCUUUUUAGCAGAGAGUUAGUUAAGAAGAUAGAUGCCACUUCAAGUCUACAACUAGCAGCUGAUUAGCUUAGCUAGACUUGAAGCAGGGGGAAACAGCUAGCCUGGCUCUAUCUAAUGCAACAAAACUACAAUCACUGGCCCGCAGAUUGUUUUAUACCUUAUUAGAACUCAGGCUAGUAGUUUCCUACAGCUUCCUGAUUUCAUGCUAAGCUAAAGUUAGCUUACUGGCUGUUUCAUGUUUAGCAUAGGCCUACAUAUGAGAAAUAUGUCAAUCUUCAAAUCAAGCUCUCUGAAAGAAAGCAUAUUGGCGUAUUGCCCAAGAUGUCGAUUUUCUCUUUAACCUUCUGCAUGCACUUUUAUUUUCACAUAUUCUACCUUUACGCUCACCAAAAAUAGUUGUAUAACAUGGAAAAUAAUUCAUUAAUGACAAGGAAUGUGAAAUUGCACUAUUUUUGUUGAUAUUACCAUGCCUCUAACUCCUUAACGCAAGGCACUUCAUUUCAUUUGAUAUUUGAACGUUUAUCCCAAAGGCCGAACAGAGCAGUAUAUGAAUUCCAUGAGGUUUUCUUUGUGAAGAUGUUGGUGGUUAGUUCUGUAAAUGAGUCUGAGGGUACUAGAAACAGUGAUGAGAAGAAACUAAUGCACAUGGGAGACAGUGAGUGUACAUAUUGGCUGUCUGAAGUGGUGGAUGUUCCUUUACAAGAUGCAUAGUAUCGUUAAUGGAACCUGGUUGUCAGUCGUUUAUUGAUUUAGUUUCGCCAACAAUGAUCAAGGGGCUGGUUACCGCGUAUGAGUUGGCAUCGAGGAUGCGAUCAGAUCAGGCGGCCAGACUUUCAGUAAUGCACUGCAUGAGGGAAUUUGACUUCCUGUUCCUGUGGAAUUUUUGGUGUCUUUGUUUUGCCAACUUUUUGCCCAUUAAGUAGCACGUGUGUCAUCAUCAUCAUGUCCUUAACCUUAACAUCACUUCUGUAGCAUAAAGGACAUGUUUGUUUUCAUAGAAUGCUGCAUUUCAUUUUGUACACUACAUAAAUAGAAGACGAAAAAAAAAAAAAAAAUUCUGUCUUACGUGUGUGCAGCAAUAAGAUUUUAAAUUCAAAUAUAGUCUCUAUUGUAUAAUUGCAAGUAUAUGCACAUUAUCACCAUGAGUGUAAUAUGCUGUAUUUAACAAAUUAUUAAACAGAGUAUAGGUGCA